AUGGCGUUGCCAUCCUAUGCAGGCUGGCUGGUACGCCCUCAACAUCCAGUCGAUUGUAGGAUUCGUUUUGUCCUCUGCAGUGCUCCUAUAGAAGUUAUGAUCACUUUCUCCCCGGUGCAAUGGGAAUCCGAAGUGUCCGGUUACAGAAAACUUGAGAUCCCAAGUAAGGGACUUUCCACUGAUUUAGUAAUGCUUAGAGUAAGUUGUAAUUGGGUUUCGCAAGUUGGGAACCGGUUUACCAGUUGCCCGGUGUCAGCAACUGCUCGGGACGCUGGUCUCGGAUUUCUUUGCCCAGUCCCUCGUAAUGCCGGGGUCACGAAGUUGAUGUCUGGGUACCGGCUACUAUCGAGCGUUGAUCCUCAAAGAUAA